GUUAAGGUUGUGUUGAAGAGUUUAGUAUGGAGUGAUGUUAAAGAAAUGAUUUCUAAUAAAAGUUUAAUUGAUACAAAAAAAAAUAAGUCAAAAAGGUAGCAACGUAGUGAAAAAAUAGCGAUAUUUAAUAAUUUCCUUUUCUUUUUUGAUAAAAUUAUGAUUUUUUAUAAGCAACUGAGAUGAAGCAAUAGUCGUUAGCUGCCAAAAUCUUUCCGCGGGAACUUUGAAAAGGGAGAAAUCGAGAAAACAAUGGACGACACUGGGGCGAUACUGCUCCAAAUUUCAACUUUAAAGGACAUGCUUGACAAGGUUAACGAUGAAAUUGAGGCGAACAUCCAAAUAACACGAGAAAUUGAAUCCGAAAUCGUUAAAAUUGAGGAAAUUGAGACUUCACUGGCUGCCAGAGAAUCUGAACUCUUAAAGCUGGUCUACUUAUCCCAGUAUGAACUCAGUGGUUUGGUGGCUGUUACAGUUAACUCAAGAAAAUCAGUAGCAGCUUUGGCCAAAGAGACUAAUCAACAGAGGAGGGAAAGAGAUGACAUGCUUGAAAAAUUGAACAAAAAACGAGAGGUUUUUUCUAAAGCAUGCAUUGAAUUUCAAAAGAGCAUAGAAGGUGAAAAUUGCAAUGAACUAAGGACCUUGUUGUCGAACAAAGAAUCUCUUGAAGAUGAUAUCCAUAAGCUUGAUCAGAAAGAUGCCUAUUUCCCAUGCUCAGUGUCAGCACUUCAUAAGGAGAUUCUUGAAGAUCUUCUUAGCUCUAAUUCUGACCUAGCAAGUCAGAUACAGGAAAGACAGGCUGAGAAUGAGCAAAUUGUGGAAGAAAUUGAGGAACUAAAGUCUGUAUUGCUUUCCGCAGUUUAUGAUGUUGAUGAUCCAUGGUGAUUACGGUUACAAUUAGUUGUAAGUUUAGUGGCAUCUAUCUCACUUCUUUUAUAUCAUUUUUGUAACUAUGAAACGUAAGUUGUUGCAGCAAUACUUACGAAAGGAAAAUUUCAAUGGCUUCCUAACGAACCAUUUUAUGUAUGUUCUACAAGACUACAACCAUUUUAUGUACGUUCUACAAGACUACAAGCAUUAAAAUAACCCACUUGUGAUCUCACAUCAAAAAAUUAGAGAGGUUGACUAUCAUAUAUAUAUAUAUAUAUAUAUAUAUUUGAUGGGCUACUCUUGAUACCAGUUAGUUUUAGGAUAGAACUCAUCGGGUUUAUGUGCAGUCAACUCUCCUCUUAUGUGGCGCAUCUUAUCGUGUACAAGCCCGUUAACAAAUUUAUCAUACCCCAUGCAUGAUAUGUAGGUGAUUU